AGCAAAUUCGGACGCACCUUAUGAUGAGUGCAAAAGUCAGUUCAACACGUCAAGAAUCAUUAAAAUGAACGCAUUAAGUCAGUUUCAUCAACCACCAGGCUUCGUUGUCUAUAACUCUGUGGAUCGAAUACCAACGGAAUUUAAAAGCUUCAAAUCGAUUACAAAACAACUGAAAGAAUACUAUACGACCCAUCCGAAGUUCCGUAUUUUAUCGGCAGGACAGUCUGAGUUAGGGGAAAGUUAUAACGUAGACGCAAAGCCUAUUGGAAUACGAAAAUAUGGAUCUUCAAGUUUCCGCCACAAGCCUGCUGGUAACGCGGGAAUUUUGAAAAAUUAUAUUCCUAGUGAAAUCACUGAACAGGACACCUCAGACUACGACUGGUCUCAAAAUGUGAACAACAAAAUAGAUCCCGAUUUCAGCGACUAUCCAUCGAAGAUACCAUACCUUACAAUCAAAAACAAUUGUUGCUGAAAGACUCGAAAAACAGGAUCCGAGAAAAUCCGAACGGAAAAAUUCGAAAUCGUAUCCACAAAAAAGAACUUGUCGGACACAAAAGCAUCUACG